CAAGGAGGGGCUCCCUUCCGGGAGGAAGGCAAUUAAUAACCCGGAAGCGGUCGGCAGUGCGGCGCUGUUUAAAGAUGGCGGCGGAGGAACCUCAGCAGCAGAAGCAGGAGCCGCUGGGCAGCGACUCCGAAGGUGUUAACUGUCUGGCCUAUGAUGAAGCCAUUAUGGCUCAGCAGGACCGAAUUCAGCAGGAGAUUGCUGUGCAGAAUCCCCUGGUGUCAGAGCGGCUGGAACUCGCAGUCCUGUACAAGGAGUAUGCUGAGGAUGACAACAUCUACCAACAGAAGAUCAAGGACCUCCACAAAAAGUACUCCUACAUCCGGAAGACCAGGCCCGAUGGCAACUGCUUCUAUCGAGCAUUCGGCUUCUCCCACUUGGAGGCUCUGCUAGAUGACAGCAAGGAGCUACAGCGGUUCAAGGCUGUGUCUGCCAAGAGUAAAGAGGACCUGGUGUCCCAGGGCUUCACUGAGUUCACAAUUGAGGACUUCCACAAUACGUUCAUGGACCUAAUUGAGCAGGUGGAGAAGCAGACCUCAGUAGCUGACCUGCUGGCCUCCUUCAAUGACCAGAGCACCUCAGACUACCUUGUAGUCUACCUGCGGCUGCUCACCUCAGGCUACCUUCAGCGGGAGAGCAAGUUCUUCGAGCACUUCAUAGAGGGUGGCCGGACUGUUAAGGAGUUCUGCCAGCAGGAGGUGGAACCUAUGUGCAAGGAGAGCGACCAUAUCCACAUCAUUGCACUGGCCCAGGCCCUCAGCGUGUCCAUCCAAGUGGAGUACAUGGACCGCGGUGAGGGUGGCACCACCAACCCACACGUCUUCCCUGAGGGCUCCGAGCCCAAGGUCUAUCUUCUCUACCGACCUGGACACUACGAUAUCCUCUACAAAUAGGGCUGCCGGCCUGCUGUGCCCUGCCUGCCUCCCCCCGCCAGGCGCUGCGGGCGCUAGACAUGUACAGAGGGUUUUUGUUCUUUUUUCUUUCUUCUCUUUUUUUUUUUUUGUGGUUGUAAAUGGUCAUAUUUCACUCUUCCCUUUUCCUGUCACAACUUUCCAUGUUUUAUUAAAGGGGAUGCUGGUGGUGAGCCUGAGUGUGCGUUUCCCUGCUCUGCUGCUCUUCCCUACCUGCCCACUGGCUGCUGUGUGUCUGGCUGCCCCUUUCCCUGGGGUGGGUUCCUCAGCUUUCUACCUGUUUACUCCCAGGCACUCCUGCCAAGAGAAGUUUGAGGGCUCUAGGCCCCCUCUUGGUUCCUUGGAGUUAUGUUUUCUACCCAUAAGGCCUGCCCCCUUUCUCCCUGACCUUCCAGGAGUCUCUGUGUGAGCUGCUGAAGUUCUUUGGGAACCUGGCCAGAGGUCUCAGGUUACCCACACUCAGAUCUACCCCUUAGAGACUUGCUACUCUGGCCAGGGCCCUACAUCACAGCUGCCCACCUUCAGGGGUCUGCAUGACCAGGAGUCCUGGGAUGAGAACUUUAAGGGAAGAGGCUGACCCAGGGCAGGUGGAGGCGCUAGGCACCCACAGUGGGCCCCUGGGGGAGCUGACCUGUUGUCAGAGGAACGUUAGGCCUCAUGUCUAGGUAGGGCUUGCCUGUUCCCUGUUCCCUGGAGCCCCUGCCUGUGCCUGCUCUGCACCCCUUUGCUUGGGCCAUAUCUGCAUUACCUGCCUCUUUGCCUUCUCCUCUCCAUCCCCAGCACAUGUGGGGUCUCAGCCCAGGCUGUGAGCUCCUUGGGGGCAGGCCCUCAAUAAAUGUGAAGUGCUGCUGC